UUGCCAAAUGAAUCUAGCUGUGUAUGCAUGGACUCCCGAGAAUGUUUGCCUGUAGCCAUAUGUGCUUCAUGGUACGUCUUUGUGUCCAUGCUUUUAAUGAAAGCAGAAUCUGUCCUUUAUGUGGGUUUCAUGGAGAUGCUUCCACUGAGUCGUGUAGAAGCUUCCUGGCCGCUCACACUGUGUAUCAUCGUUUCUCAAGUUGCCAGUCCAAUGUAUGGCAUCCUGGGAAUGUGGUUGUCGGACAGGCUCCUGUUGGUCUCCGCUGCACUGGUCUGUUCCUUUUCCGUCAUGGCAUGUUCCUUGGCGAGCAACCUGACGCAUCUGAUGAUCUUCUUUGGAAUCCUGCUGGGUCUAGGAAUGGCGUGUGCUGAAGUGCUGCCCUUCGCAGUGGUCUCUCGCCACUACGAACGGUACCGGGGCACAAUCAUUAGCAUCCUGUUUAUACUUUGUGCUGUGGCUGGCUUUGUAGCCCCACUUCUCGCCGAGGCUUUGAGUCGUCAAUUUGGCUUCCGACUGUCCCUUUUGGCUGAGGGCUGUAUCUUGCUCACUAUGCUACUCGGAUGCAUCUACGUGAACCGGAUACGACCGGUCACUGAGGAGACGACGACGCUUCUCACUCGAAGGCCAAAUGGCACGGAGAAAGUUCAUUUCUUGGACAACCUGCGCUCUCUGGCAUCCUUGUGGUUUCUUCAUUUAGCAGUGUCACGCGCUAUGACCCUAUUCGUUCUCUGCUCCGUUCUUCUAAGCCUGGUGGACUUUGCCAAGGAUAAUGGCCUUGCUGGAUACAGUGCAGUUGCCCUGGCAACCGCAUACGCCGUCGGUGAUCUCGGCUCCAGGAUCAGUGCUGGCUUGCUCACAGACUUUAAGGUACUGAGCAGCGUAUCAGCCAUGGCAGUGAGUUUUCUUAUCCAGUCGGCCUCUCUGUUCGGUAUGACUCUCCAUAAAAGCUUUCUCGUGCUCAUGUUAUGCUGCUUCUUGGCUGGUCUUUCCGGCGGAGGUCGAAUCUUCCUUGCCACAUUCAUGGUAUGCAACCGGUACGAAAAACAGUACUUGGCCUUCAACCUGGGCAUCAUGAAUGCAGUCUCGGGUAUGGCUCUCUUCCUCAGGCCAUCCGUCAUUGGUUUCGUACGGGAUGUCCUAGGGACGUACGACAAGUUGUACUUAUACUUUGCUCUCAUCAAUGCCAUCUUUACCUUCACUUGGACCGUCCAGUUCUUUUGCCAGCGGCGAGAAUUGUGAUGUAAUCCCAUGUACGUUUAUUCGCUAAAGAUCUUAUGUAAAAAAAGUUAUGAGAGCACCAUAGAUGGCAACAAUGAUAAUGGGUACCCAACACUCUUAGAAAUGAACUUCACCGCAUUGCACGCUC